CUCUCACAACAACAAAAAAAAAAUGGACUCGAGAACAUCAUUCCUCACAUUUCUCCUCUGUAUAUUCCUUUUCUCUAAUUUCGCCCCCUCAAAUUCUAAACAUAUCACAAACGACCCUUUAUCAUUCUCUUCGUCCGCGAGUUUGCCCACUCUUACGGCAGAGAGGUUAAUCAAAGGUUUCAACUUGAUGCCUACACGUGACGUCAAUGUCAUCCCUGAAAACGGUUUUGAGGCUCCGAGACUAGUCGAGAGAAACUUUGAUUUGCCGGCGGCCAUUGACCGCCGUGACUCCGCCGGUUCUCCUCCUUCUCUUCAGGAUUUUGGUCACCAUGCUGGUUACUACAAGCUUCCUAAUUCAAAAGCAGCCAGGAUGUUCUAUUUCUUCUUCGAGUCAAGAAGCAACAAAGCCGAUCCUGUGGUGAUUUGGCUAACGGGUGGACCCGGUUGCAGCAGCGAGCUUGCUCUUUUCUAUGAGAACGGACCGUUCACCGUCUCCAACAACUCAUCCCUUGCUUGGAACGAUUUCGGUUGGGACAAGGCAUCAAAUCUAAUCUACGUGGACCAACCGGUCGGGACUGGUUUUAGUUACACAUCGGACGAAAGUGAUCUCCGACAUGAUGAGGAUGGUGUCAGUAAUGACCUUUACGACUUCUUACAGGCCUUUUUCAAAGAACAUCCGCAAUUUGUGAAAAAUGAUUUUUACAUCACCGGUGAAUCCUACGCCGGACAUUACAUUCCGGCAUUGGCAUCAAGAGUUCACCGUGGAAACAAGAACAAGGAAGGAACUCACAUUAACCUUAAGGGCUUUGCCAUUGGUAACGGGUUGACCAACCCAGAGAUCCAGUAUGCUGCAUACGCGGAUUACGCGCUAGAUAUGAAGUUGAUCUCACAAUCUGACCACCAUAACCUUAAUCGUGAUUAUGAAGCUUGUCAACAAUCCAUCAAAGAAUGCAGCGCUGAUGGUGGUGAAGCAUGUGCGUCUUCAUACAUUGUCUGCAACAACAUAUUCCAAAAGAUCAUGAAUAUAGCUGGAAACGUUAAUUAUUACGACGUGAGGAAACAAUGCAAAGGAAGCUUGUGCUAUGAUUUCUCGAACAUGGAGAAGUUCUUGAACCAAAAAUCCGUUCGCAAGGCAUUAGGUGUGGGAGAUAUCGAGUUCGUGUCUUGCAGUACGGCGGUCUAUGAUGCAAUGCAGCUGGACUGGAUGCGGAAUCUUGAGGUCGUUAUUCCAGCUCUGCUUGAAGAUGGGAUUAAGAUGCUUAUCUAUGCUGGAGAAUAUGAUCUCAUCUGCAAUUGGCUUGGAAACUCGAAAUGGGUUCACGAGAUGGAAUGGUCAGGCCAAAAAGAUUUUGUAGCAGCUUCGACGUUUCCUUUCCAUGUAGAUAAUAAAGAAGCCGGUUUAAUGAAGAAUCAUGGUUCACUCACUUUCCUCAAGGUCCACGAUGCCGGACACAUGGUUCCAAUGGAUCAGCCAAAAGCAGCAUUGCAAAUGCUUCAGGAUUGGACGCAAGGAAAGCUCGGUACACCCACCGGUCGAACCGCUCGCCAAUGAUUUCAUUUCUUCUCAACAUCAUUGAUUCCAGAUACUAAACCGAUUGUACUGUUGUUAUUAUGUAUCUAGACUAGAUACUUGUGAAUUAUUAUUUCUAUAAACUAUAUUGUUAUUAAAGGUAAAAAGUAAAGUUCCUAUGUUGAACACUCUUUACUCUGUUACAAAGAUUUGACUGUUCCAAGUUUUAACCAAACCUAAGAUGACACAGCGUGUGAAGUUUAACGAUGACCCUCAUAAGAACGAUCAUGAUAAUCUUUGUCAUCAUCAGCAUCAUAAUCAUCAAGAAUGAGUGUAACACCAUUGUUCUUUAGUGAGUUAAUAACAGCCCAUACCUUGGUUCGACUUUUGAACCCUUUCUUCUCAAUUUCUUUCUUGACAUCGGCAUGGAUACCUCUUCCUUGCCCAUCUUGGAGCCCUUCCACUUUCAACCUCAUCGCCAACACCUCUCCCACAAUAGCAGCAGCUUUGGCAUUGCAAGUACGACCACACUCUAGCGAGUUCUUGAUUGCAUGCUCUACGGUUGAAGCUGUUGUGACUACUCUCCCGUUGUUUCUGUCAACUACGUUUGCUGUUAUGUACUUGAUGGACAUGAAGAGCCUCAAGACGUACCUUUUGAGAACUGUCAUUGACUCUACCAAAAACCUGCUGGGUCUAGAAAAUGCACAAGAAACAUUAAAAAUUGUCAGCACUGAAAACGAACAGAAUUGAGCUGAAAGGUUCAAAAAACAUAUCCUACAAAAUAUCAUUUACAAGAUAUUGCUGUAUGGAUGUCUGUCCAUAAAACAGCAAAAGUUGUUAAACAAAG